AGGAGGGACAGGAAGGUGAACGGGGUGACGGAGGAGAAGCCGCUGUCGGUGCCCCGGGACAUCAACCUGCAGCUGGACACCAGCCCCAUCACCGCCGUGGACGCUCUGGUGCUGCGCUAUUUCCUGGAGUACCAGUGGUUCGUGGAUUUUUCGGUCUAUGCCAGCGCUGUGUACGUGUUCAGCGAGGGCUAUUUCUGCCUGGUCAGCCCGGCCCGGGAGACCAACCUGGGCGUGCUCUGGUGCCUGCUGAGCGUGGCCUUCUCCRUCAAGGUGUUCUUCAUGGUGAUGCGCCACUACUUCCGCUCCGAGGAGGGCGGCGAGCGCUCCGUCUGCCUCAGCUUCGCCUUCCUCUUCCUCCUGCUCGCCAUGGUGGCCCUGGUGGUCCGUGAGGACUACCUGGAGUUCGGCCUGGAGGCCGGUGGGGUCGGGGUCCCCUGCUGUCCCCAGUUUUUCCUUGACCCCUGCCCCAGCAAGGUGUUCUUCAUGGUGAUGCGCCACUACUUCCGCUCCGAGGAGGGCGGCGAGCGCUCCGUCUGCCUCAGCUUCGCCUUCCUCUUCCUCCUGCUCGCCAUGGUGGCCCUGGUGGUCCGUGAGGACUACCUGGAGUUCGGCCUGGAGGCCGGCCUGGCCGCAGUCACCAGUAACCUGGAGCCCAUGCUGAAGCCGCGGGGCUGGGAGUGGACGCUGCCCCUGGCCAAGCUGGGCUUCAAGCUGGGGCUGGUGGCCCUGUGCUCCUUCCUGGGAGCCUGCCUGACCUUCCCGGGGCUGCGGCUGGCACAGACACACCGCGACGCGCUCAGGAUGGCGGCCGACAGACCCCUGACACAGGCCCUGCUCCACGCCGGGUUCCUGGCUCCCGUGCUGGUGGUGCUGCUGUGGGUCCGGCCCCUGGCCCGCGAUUUCCUGCUCCAGGCCCCGCUGGGGCAGCGCACGGUGCAGCUGUGAGUGGGGCAGGGGG